AUCGGAGCAUCCAAUCCAGCACCGGCUGCUCCUCCGUUAUAUAAAACCCUGUGCCCCUCCUUUGCCGGCUCAGUCCAUCCAUCCCAUCCCCGUUCCAUUGCUCUGUUCUGCUUGAGUCAGCCUUCAGUUCCAUUUCAUUCCAGAGUGCCUUGAUUGGCGGAGAAGGAAACGGAGGGGGGCGAGAUGCCGUGGGUGGGUGCGGUCUUGCGGUUGGUGGUGUUCUUCCGCGUCAUCCUGUGAUCUCGCGCCGGUCCGUCCGUCGAGCGAUCGCGAUUCGAGGUCAACGCCUGCUUGGAGCCCGGGUGAUACCACCGGCUGCUGAGGAGGACAUGUGCUUUGGGUUCAACCGGAGGAGCCUUGACGCCAUCGUUAUGACAAGUGGCGCCGUCGCGUACUACUACAGAUUGAUGCAAGUUUGCCAGGUCAGCGCCCUCUCGCCAAGAACGCAUCGGCAAUUCAGGUCUCCUUCCGUUACAUUGUUCGAUUUUCAGAUGUCUUCCGCUUUGCCUGUAAGCAUGGGAUCGUCAGCUGUUCGCUGAAUACUUCCGCCAGCUUCUGAAGCCCGUGACGUAGAUUUGGCCAUCAGUCCCCAUCUCCCUCUCCUUCCCAAAAAUCUCAAACCCAAACAAAACUAAAUGAUACAAUUUUGAAUUCAACCACAAGAAAACACCAGCUCCAAGUCCAGAUAAAAAAAUUCUCCCAAAUUCCUGUUCAAUUUCAUUCCAAUCGAAAGCCUCAAAUCUCCCUAGAAUUCCCGCACAAACACUGCCAGAAAUCAAGCAUCACUUCAAGAGCGGCCCUAUGCAGGGAGACCCCGGAUACGGGUACGGUGGCUACGGGUACGGGUACGGCUAUGGCUACGGCGCCGGCGCCGGUGGCUAUGACUACGACGUGGCCGGCUACGGUGGUGGAGGCGCGUACUACACGGCCAACGACCGGUACCCCGCCGCGCCGGCUGCCUAUGGGAACCCGCUGUCCGGUCGGAGGCAGCACGACUUCCCGGCGCCACUCACGGGCCUGGAGUUCCAGCCGUCGGACACCUGCCCCAAGAACUAUGUCAUCUUCGACCAGACGUACGACCGGAGCCGGGUCAUGUUCCACCCCUCCUUGGCCAACAAGAUCGGCUCGUCCGGUGGCGGGUACGACUACGACCACUGCUGCUACGGCUACGAUCAGAACUACGCCGGCAAGAGCGCCUACUACGGCUGCGGAGAUGACGGCGGCGCUGCCUCAAUUCGGCAGAAAGAGGACACGGACGAGAUCGACGCGCUGAUGAGCACGGAGGACGGUGAGGACGAGGACGACGUGCUGAGCACUGGCCGCACGCCUGGGUGCCGCGCCGGGGGAUCCCCAGACUCCACGUGCUCGUCCGAGUACGGGGCUAGCGGCAGCGGGCGGAAGCACGAGACCGGUGGCGGAGGCGGCGAGAAGAAGAAGGAGCGGAUGAAGAAGAUGGUGCGGACGCUCAAGGGGAUCAUCCCCGGCGGCGACCGGAUGGACACGCCGGCCGUCCUCGACGAGGCCGUGAGGUACCUCAAGUCGCUCAAGGUGGAGGUCAAGAAGCUCGGCGCGCGCGGGUCAAGCAGUUAGCUAGCCAGCUCACAUCGGCAUCCGGCAGUGACCACAAUGGCUGCCGAAAUCUCCCACUCUACAUCGGUAGAUAAGAUGAGAUCGGCGAUCGAUGAUGGCAACGACAGCCUCCCAUCUUGGCAUCAGAUGCCACGAACCAGUUGGUGCGUGCUCUGUUUGCGCUGAUAGGAUUAGAGCAUGGCAUGGGAGAGAGCUCAAUUGCCGCGCGCUUUCGCGCUUUAUUUUGUCAGCGUCUUGUGGUGCCUCUGCCUCUAGGCUCUAGCGUGCGUGGGUGCGUGCAUGGAUUGUUGCUUUUCUUUCUUAGAAGUUGCAGCCUUUUCCUCUUUCGUAUCUCUUGAUAGUGGCUGGUGUUGUAACUAUCACGAUGAUGAUAUAUAUACACCGUGUUUUUGUUAUCC